CUGGCUCAACACAUGGCACAUAGCUAUGACUCCAGGUAAAUUGUCUUCUCACCUCUGCCUGCUUACAUUUAGUUUUGUAGAGUAAAAGACAAAUCAGUGGUGGACCUUUUAAAAAGGUGCUACCUAUCACAUUUUUCUAGAUUGUCAAUAGAACAGAUGUGAUAUAGUUUUGGGGAUCAAGUGAUAUGUUUGGUACUCGUGGGGGGCAAGAACAGUGUGGGCCGUUGAUCGCUGAAAAGUAACGAACUAAUCAAAUCAACAGUGAUUUGUUGGAGUGCAAAAGUCUACACAUACAUGGGGGCCCUCCAAGAACAGGAGUGAUGAACUGGUCUACGAAGUCAAAAUCCAAACUAUGCAACAUCACACAUGGACAAGAGUGGAGUUGAUGCGGCGAAGCUGUAGGCAGGUGACCCUCUUGGCAGCCGCAUCGCGUUACUGGAGCUCUAUCCCUGUGGCUCCGCCCUCACUACAGUCCAGGCUCCUCCUCUUCCUCAGCCAGCGUUUCCAUGACAUUGAGACUAUCCUCAGCUGGAGCUCCUGGUUCAAGAACCGAGGUCUACGACAGAAGAAUUUUUUCUAUGGUUACACCCAGCAAAACUAUGGGGACAACAUUGCUGCUGCUUAUUGCAUCCUUAGCCUGAAGGGAGGAUUCAGGUUUGCAGGGCAGUCAGAGUGGUUCCGAUCAGACAGAAGAGGGAAGUUCAAUUGGGACUUCAUGAACCACCGGGACACCUCCAUAGAGGAAGUGGAUGUCAGCAACACACUCAUUAACUACACGGGCCUGGAAAACCUGGUGAAACAGAGGGGGUUGCGUACUCUCUCUGUGAGUGGCUGCGCUGAGGUGGAUGACUGGUUCCUGUCCCGCCUCCAUAUCUUCCAGGACACCCUGGAGGAGCUUGACAUUUCGAACUGUCCCCGAAUCUCUGUGGGGGGCCUGGCCGCACUGCAGAAGCUGAGGGGUCUGCGACGGCUGAACGUGUCCUCCCUCCCCAAGCUCCAGAACCCUGGGCUGGUCGCCAUCCUGCUGGAGGAGAUGCUUCCUCAUUGCCAUGUUACUGCUGUCGGGUACGACCACAGCCUGAUCUACAGCCACACACAGACAGACGGCUAGACGCCCAGACACAGAUAAAGGCCCAGGCUGACGCUGGACGUCAAAAUCUGACUAGAGAAGUGGAGAGACACAAUCAAAGUUGGGCAUGGUGACAAAUGCUCUUAUUCGCUCUCUUUUUGUUUCUUUAACUAACAGUCACACAGACAGACAGGCAGGGAGGGAUGCCCAUUUAGUGUGUGAUGUAGAGCCUCACUGAUUUAAAAAAUGAUAAAUUAUCAGACAAGUGCUUUACUUACUUGUAGAGCAACAUUGUCGUCCUUAAGCUAUCAAAAUUAUCAGUCUAAAAAAAAUUCCCUCAAAAUAUGUAUAUAUGAUGAUGGUAUGGAUUAUUAUUAUUAUGUGUUGUAUUGGUGAUUUAAAUAAAAUAUUUGUAAAGUAUG